UUAACCCACUGAGCCACCCAGGUGCCCCUCUGCAAACGUUUUUGAAGAACCAGGGGCAGAGUGGUGCCCUCCAUAAGCAAGAACCGUGAUGGGUCGUGGCGAUGUGUGCCCAAAGCAGAGAGUGGGUGUCCCGCUGCUUCUCCGCUGGCCCGGGAAGGGGCCCUGCGGAGUCGGUACUCACUGAGUAAGGGCGGGUUCCCUGGAGCGGAGGCUGCCUGGUUUCAGUCUUUGCCUCCUUACUUUCCACCUGUGUGACCCAGGGCAAGUGUCUCUACCUCUCUGUGCCUCCCUUUCCGGAGUGCACAGGGGCAGUCCAAACAGCCCUAACUUCUAAUGUUCCCACGUGCUUCCUCCUGUCCCCUCUGCCUAGUAAGUGCUCAGCAAACACAUCCUGAACAAAUGCCCUUCCGGUCUCCAAAGUUUUCAGAGAGAGUCUGGCUGUGUUUUGCCUUCCAUGUCGUGUUGUAACAUUUCUUAAUAAGCCAAAAGCAGAGAAUGGUGCCUGGACUCUGCGCCCAUCGUGAGGGGAGGGGGUGGGGGGAGGAUUCAGCAGGAAACAUUUAUGGAGCGCUCACUGUGUGCUAGGGGUUCUCCGGUCCGUUCGUUGAUUGAUCCCAUCGGUCAGCAUUUAUUAAAUGCCUCCUGUGUGCCUGUUGUUAGUUGCAGCUAUGAAGGAGACUAGCGAACACCCCUGUUUUAGUGGUCUGACUCCGGUGGCAAGCGACGCAUUCUCAAUGAAGUCUACGGCCGUGUCCCCCGUGAGACUCGGUAUGGUGAGCCCGUAGGGGACUCCGAGCAUGUGGGAAGGCCAGUGGUGUGGAACAUGCCUCCGCCACCCAGUGCUUCUGCUUCCCAGGGCCGCACCCACCCAUGCCCAUGGCCUGCGCCGGCCUGUCGCUCUCCAGCGCCUUUGACAUCCUAGGUGCCGCAGGCCAAGGCAAGCUCCUGCAUCUCAAGCACAAGCUGAAGACCCUGCGGCCCGGCUGCCGGGGGGCGGACCUCCUGCACGCCAUGGUGCUCCUGAAGCUGGGCCAGGAGACGGAGGCCAGGAUCUCCCUGGAGGCGCUGAAGGCGGACGCAGUGGCGCGGCUGGUGGCCCGCCAGUGGGCCGGCAUGGACAGCACCGAGGCCCCAGAGGAGCCCCCAGACUUGUCCUGGGCAGUUGCCCGGGUGUACCACCUGCUCGCCGAGGAGAAGCUGUGCCCGGCCACUAUGCGGGACACGGCCUACCGGGCCGCCCUCCACACAUUCCGCUCCAGGGACGACCACCGGCUCGCGGAGCUCCAGGGAGAGGCCCAGGACCGGUGUGGGUGGGGCAUCGUCGGGGACCCCGGGAGCUUCCAAGCCCUUCACUCUGACCUGGGCUGCUUGCCAGCCUCCUCAGUGUCCCCGUCGGGCACCCGCAGCCUCCCGCAGCCCAUAGAGCACCUCUCGGGCUGGAGCAGAGGCCGCUCCCUGAGAUCCACCGGCAGCCCCGCCUCCCUGGCCAGCAAUCUGGAAAUCAGCCAGUCGCCCACCCUACUCUUUCUCAGCCAACCCCGCAGCUGCCGUGGGCCCAGCAAGCUGUGUGACGAGCCCCAGGCCAGCCCAGUGCCCGAGCCUGCCCCCACGGGCUGCCAGGAGCCUGAGGAGGUCAGCUGGCCACCGUUGGAAGAGACGGUCAGCCCCCCACGGAGGGAGACUGUCAGCCCCUCAUCUGGGGACAGUGCCAGCCCCCCACUGGGGGAGACUGACCGCCCCCCAUCCAGGGAGAGUGACAGCUCCCAGGUGCUACCAAGCAGCCCAGUCCCUAGGCUUACUGAACUGGUCCCAGAUGCAAGCCAUGCUGGCCAGCCAGACCCCCCCAGAGCUCUGGAAAUCAGCCCCCACUACCCCGUGGAGUGCACCGAAGAGUUGGGAGGCCCGAAAUCUCUCUCCUUGGCCUCCAGAAACCCUUGCCCUGACAAGGACCAGACCCCACUCCCACUUCCUGUGGAAGACACGGCUUCCCAGGUGGCCAGGCCACGCCCACCCGUGCCGCCAGCCCCGCCCACGUCCUCUCCGGGCCCUCCUCCGUCCACCCUUCCUUCCCCGGGCCUGGCGUCCAGCCCCUGCCCCCCUUCGCCCGAGCUGGAGUCAGAGCAGAGAUUCUAUAACUUCGUGGUCCUGCACGUCGCCGCGGAUGAACACAUCGCCCUGCGGGUCCGGGAGAGGCUGGAGGCCCUGGGGGUUCCCGACGGGGCCACCUUCUGCGAAGAUUUCCAGGUGCCUGGGCGGGGCGAGCUGCACUGCCUGCAAGACGCCAUCGAGCACUCGGCCUUCACCGUCCUGCUGCUCACCCCCAGCUUCGACUGCCACCUGGGCCGCCACCAGGCCAGCCAGUCGCUGAUGAGCAGCUUCACGCGGCGCGGGUGGCAAGACUGCGUGAUCCCCUUCCUGCCGCGGGAGAGCUCCCGGGCCCAGCUGAGCCCGCACACGUCCAGCCUGCUCACCGGCCUGGUGUGGCUGGACGAGCACUCCCAGAUCUUCGCCAGGAAAGUGGCCAGCACCUUCAAGCCGCAGAGGCUACGAGCCCGCAAGGCCGAGUGGAAGAAGGAGCAGGAGGUCCGGGCCCUGCAGGAGCAGCUCAGGCACCUGGAGGCCGAGCGGCAGCAGGUGGCCAGGCUGAACGCCGCCUACUCGGCCUACGUCCAGAGCUGCUGGAGCUGGCAGGAGCAGAUGGAGGCCCUGCGGGCGGCCUUCGGGAGCCACAUGCCAUUUGGGACACAGAUGCCCCCCGGGGGCCCGGGGCCUCUGGGCGCCCCCCCACCCUUUCCCUCCUGGCCGGGCCACCAGGCACCCCCAGAGCCUGCGUGGGUGGCCGGCUCACCCGCGUCAGCCUAUCCACCGCCCCCGGCCUUCCCGCCGCCCUCGGCCUUCCCGCCACCCCCCGGCUUCCCGCCGCACCCCGGCUUCCCGCCUCCCGGCCCCGCGCCCCCCCAGAGCCCCGGGCUGCAGCCCCUGAUCAUCCAUCACGCCCAGAUGGUGCAGCUGGGCCUCCACAACCACAUGUGGAACCAGAGAGGGACCCAAGCGCCCGAGGACAAGACGCAAGGGGCAGAGGGACCGGGUGGCGGGCAGGAGGACCCGGACCUUGGGGACGCUUCCACCCUUUCCAGAGGGGGCAGAGGAGCGUGACGUCGGCCGCCGCUCCGCGGAAACCGUGCAAAGGGGGCCCCGAUGACUUUCUGGCGCGCACGGUGUCCGGAACUGGACGCGGCAUUUUCGAAUUCUGCCCCGGGUGGUGGUGCAGGGAGCGGGCGGGGGAUGUGGCUACCGUGCUUUAACUGUGAUAAAUAUUUAUUGAAUGUU